AUGUCUCAGCUGCGUAACGCAGUGGCACGGCCUAUACGGGCUGUCGUAUUGGUCGUUCCUUCUCAACGAGUCGCCCUCGCUGGUCCCUCUAAAACCUCUAGCGACAUCAGCAUGCUCUGCCGCACCUUCGCUUCCACCUCACUCCAAUCUGCAGACAAGCCAUUGUCCUCAAAACCAACCACAGCCGCCGUAUCAGCGUACACAGCCAUAUUGGACUCUCUCACCGAUUCCUACGAGAAGACCAUCCAAGGUACUGGUCGUCACUCUCGCCCAUCCGAUGGUCGCCGCGGCUAUGUCGAAGACCUCGAAGCAGACUGGGCAGCUCGUGCAGUCCACGGCGAGCCCUCUUGGCCGGCAACACCUUUCAGUGGACGCAGCAUUCGCGUCACCCCACAAGCUGACCCUUCGCGUGCUUACGCCCAACUCGCUGUGCUGCUCAAGAGGAACAACGUUAGACAGGAGUUGAGGUUGCAGCAGAGAUACGAAAAGCCAAAUGCAGAAAGGAGGAGGAAGAAGUCGGAAAGGCACCGGAGAAGGUUUGCGGAUAUGGUCAGGAAGAAGGUUCAGUUGGUGAUGGCUAUUAAGGCCCGUGGUGCUUAG